GUAACACUAGGAAAAACUUGAAGCUGGGGUUUCCUCGCGAGGUUCGGAGAAAGGGGAGGAGCCAAACCAGGCGGACGCGUUUAUAAGGAAGAUUUACAACUGCCAAAGCCACACUAACUUCUCCUCGCAUUCAAUAUGAAGGGUCUCGGAAUCAUUCUGUGCUUGGUUCUGGCGGUGGUUUCAGUCCACGGAGGGAGCGUAGGCGUAGGCCCUAUUGGUUUCCCUAGCGCCACAGCCCCACCCGCCACCUGUAGGCGCUGGUGCCGAACUCCAGAGGAUGCUGUCUACUGCUGCGAGGACAAGUAUGAACCCGAGGCACCCGUGGGCACCAAGCCUCUUGACUGCCCAGAUGUCCGUGACACCUGCCCACCGGUACGUACUCUUCAGGAGCAAGGACCAGUACGUUGUUCCAGCGACUUCAAGUGCGGCGGCUUUGACAAGUGCUGCUUCGACAGGUGUUUGGGAGAACACGUGUGCAAGCCGCCUUCCUUCUAUAGCUUUUUCUCUUAGAACGGAAAGCUAAACGUAGUUCCUGAAUCCAUGGAUAAUAAAAUGUUUGUAUUUUGAA